AUAGUGCCGAUAGAUUGUUGAAUUGACGUCUGCAUUUUUUGCGUGAAUGGCGUUCCAUAGUCGCCGGGAGCUCACUUUCGAUGUUCACUCUUCGACGGCAAAACGUCAAAUGACUGACGUGCGUGCGCAUCUUUUGACGUAUCACGUGAUACCCUUCCAACCACCACUGGGAAAUCCCCGAAAAACAUUUAAUUUGGAUCCGCCAUUUUAAGGUGAGUGAAAGAAAGGAUUACCACUGCAUAAGAUCAUUGGGAUAAAUAUUUGGCCAGAUCUGGAUAUUGAGGAUAAAGUAUUGGUUCGUUUUGUGUUUGAAAAGCACCAUAUGAAAAAACAGAACCCGUCUGUUUAAAAAUAAGUAAAAGUUAUUAGGUAUUUACACGCAAGCACAGCUGUACCCAUUUACUUUCUUAGAACAUUUGGGAUAUUCUUGUAACAGGACAAGUGAUGAACAUUAAGGUCCCUUGUUGAAGGGGGUUACCAUAGCGACAGUAACCUUCCAUACCCACCUGGUUAUUCGGCUAUGUUGGAUAUAUACAAGAAAAUUGUCAUCAUUCUUCCCUGCCUAGCUUGCCUACAAGGCAUCAAGACCUGUGAUCCAGGUCAAGAACCUGAUGGCAAUGGCGGUUGUAAAGAAUGUGCACCUGGUCUUUUUAAUCCUAAUCACAAUCCUGUGGAUUCCACACUUGCCUACUGUAUAGCAUGGACCAAAUGUAAUGAAAAAGGCCAGUAUAUAUUAAAAGAAGGGAGUGCUCAAGAGGUAAGUAAGUUAUCAUCAAGUGUCAAGCCUGGUGCAGGCAUAGAGGAUCAGGGUCCAGUUUACUCUAUUGUCAGUCAGUUGGAUGUGGAUGUGUUGUUGUACAGUUGUUGAUUUGUUGCAAAGGCAUUAAGGCUAUCAAUAUAUGAUGUUCUUUGUCUUCAUCUGCUUGUUCUUCCUUCAAUUUUCCCACAGAGUACUAGUAACAGUGUUUCUGUUCCAUCUUUUCUGAUGAUAUGGCUUAGAGAUUUCGUUUGUCCUUUUCUGAUUGUUUUCAUCAGUGAGCGUUGUAGGUGAUUGAUUAUAUGUCAUGUGAGUUUACUGUGGAUUGUCUAAAAACUGUAGAAUUUUAUACAUUUUGCCUAUAAAAGAGAGAAUUAUGAUUAGUAUGCUAAGUACUAGAGUACUGAUUAUUAUGCUAAGGACUGAAAAGUGAUGCAAAUUACACCUUUUCUGUACAAAGAGAGGGAUUUUUUUUUCUUUUACAUGAUUUUCAUGUCAAGUAGGGUAAAUGUAAUAGCAGUUCAGCCAAAGUCUUCUUUUCACAUUUUUCUCCCAAACUACAAUGAUCUGUUGGCAACUGACAGGUGUUAACAAUACCUUAUGGCAGUGGGUAGAUAGUAUCUCUAGUUUAAAUUUGAACCAGUAUAUUUUGAAGGAAUUUUCUAACCUUCGAUAACUUUCAUUAAAUUACUGCAUGUCUGACAGGUGUCAUAUAUUAAAUGUCAAUAACACUACAUCAGAUAGCAGGAUUUGCUGGCCCAGUGGUAAUGUCCUUGGCUGCCAAACACUGUUCUGUUUUGUUCUUUUAUUUAUUUAUUUAUUUAUUUAUUUAUUUAUUUAUUUAUUUAUUUAUUAAAUAGUGUAUACUGAUCUGUUAUCAUGGUUCAGUAAUUGAUGUGAUGGGUAUCAGCUAG